GCGCCCAGGGGGAGGGACAAUCAAAUCCACCUCACGCGCUUCUUCUGCUCGCGGAAAGCACAACUCAAACAGCCACUCAACCGGGAUCCACAAACAUCCUUUUUACAGUUUGCUCCUUCUCACGAAUUUGUUGCUUUCUUUUGGAAAGGGAGACACGCUCCCCACCUGCGACGCUCGAUGAAGUCUGCGGCGAGAGUCACUUUGUUUUUUCUUUUAAUUGUCCUGAUAACGCAAGAAUGUUUCUCAUCCAAAGGAGAAGACAGGCUGUUUCGUCGUUUAUUCAGGAGGUAUAAUCAGUUCAUUCGGCCAGUGGAAAAUGUGUCUGACCCCGUCACUGUGGAGUUUGAGGUCUCCAUCUCACAGCUUGUUAAAGUGAUGUUUUCUUGUGGAUAUGCAGGAGCUGUUAAUACUGUAAUGAAUGGCAUACAGUACACUUGAAGCUAGUAGAUGAAAGUACACCAAACCUCCGUUUUUGAUGAAGUGAAUCAGAUCAUGGAAACAAAUCUCUGGCUGAGACAUAUAUGGAAUGACUAUAAGCUGAAGUGGUCACCAGCAGAGUUUGAUGGAAUUGAGUUCAUCAGAGUCCCAUCAAAUAAAAUCUGGAGGCCUGACAUUGUACUUUACAACAAUGCCGUUGGGGACUUCUUGGUGGAGGACAAAACCAAAGCUCUUUUGAAAUAUGAUGGAACCAUCACUUGGGUCCCUCCUGCAAUCUUCAAAUCAUCCUGCCCUAUGGACAUUACUUACUUCCCCUUUGACUAUCAGAAUUGCUCUAUGAAGUUUGGUUCCUGGACCUAUGACAAGGCCAAGAUUGACCUGGUUCUUAUUGGCUCAAAGGUAAACCUUAAAGACUUCUGGGAGAGUGGAGAGUGGGAGAUCAUCGAUGCACCCGGUUAUAAGCAUGACAUCAAGUACAACUGCUGUGAAGAGAUCUACCCAGACAUAACCUACAGUUUUUACAUACGACGACUGCCCCUCUUCUACACUAUCAACCUUAUUAUCCCCUGCCUCCUCAUCUCCUUUCUGACAGUACUCGUCUUCUACCUUCCAUCAGACUGUGGUGAGAAAGUGACAUUGUGCAUCUCUGUACUCCUCUCUCUUACUGUGUUCCUUCUUGUCAUUACGGAAACCAUCCCAUCCACCUCACUCGUGAUCCCUCUGAUAGGCGAGUACCUUCUCUUCACCAUGAUUUUCGUCACCCUCUCCAUUGUCAUCACCGUCUUUGUAUUGAAUGUGCACUAUCGCACCCCUAUGACCCACACUAUGCCUAGCUGGGUCCGUACCGUCUUCCUCCGAGCUUUACCCCGCAUCAUGCUCAUGCGCCGGCCUCUCGAUCUAUCAGAGUCCUCUGGAAAAGGAGGACUAGAAAUCGGGGGCUCGUCCGGGACUGGAGGAGGACGAGGAGGGGAGGGAAAGAAGAGGAAAAACAGUGCAUCUCAACAGGGAGCAAUGAACUCUUUGGAAUUUGGAGAGGGGAAAGCAGCAUUAGAAGGAAAGAAAGGGGGAUGCCCAUGUCACCCAAUGAAAGAGGCAGUCGAGGGGGAUUGUGGGAAAGUGAAUCGUCAGUUGAGCACACAGGCUAUUAACACAGUUGUGGCUUUCUCAGUGGUGUCACCGGAGAUCAAACAGGCUAUUGAGAGUGUGAAGUACAUUGCUGAGAACAUGAGGAGCCGCAACAAAGCCAAAGAGGUGGAGGAUGAUUGGAAGUAUGUUGCCAUGGUGAUUGACCGCAUCUUCCUUUGGGUCUUUGUGCUGGUGUGUGUGCUGGGAACUUUGGGACUCUUCCUGCAACCUCUGAUUGGCUUCUUCUCAUAAUUAACUAUGCCAGCUUGCCUGUUCUAACCAAUCAUUAUCUGAGUUGCUGACAUGCUCCAUAUUUAAUUAGUUUCACAAGUGUUCCAUCAAUUCAACAAAACUAUAUACUGGUGACUUGCACAGCAGAAAAAAAUAAUCAGGUGGUCUGUUUUGCUCUCUGCCACUAAUCAACUGGAGACUGCAUUUUGCCUUUUUAACAAUCAGUGACUCCAAGUGAACUUUCUAAUCACCAUCUAUACUGAAGCACUAAAAUGUCUAUAAGAAGACCAAUCAGACUGAUUGGUGUUCUGUGUCCACUACUCAAAAUGAAAUUUCACUUACAAUAUCUGAUUACACACACAUGAUAUGUGGCAUUAUAUACCAAACAACAUGGCCAUCUUCUCUCAACUCAACAGUCACUCAGGAAAAUCUGCAAAAGACAGUGAUGGUGGGGAUAGAGGAAAUCCAGUUUAAGCACAAAAAAUGUGUUGUGUAGAUUAGUUCACCAAAAUCUUCAAGGAUAAACACUGAGCCAUGUGAUUAUGGGACAAAAUUAGUUAAGAAUAUGGGUGAUCUAUAAAUAACUUAGUGGCUAACUAGAGUGGUGGUAUGGCUGCACUCCAGAAUAAAAAUCACUAAAUGAGUGCCAUUUAUGACAAAUAAUUUGUUUAGAAUGAGAUUAAUUAAUCUUUUUUUAUAUUUCUCAGUGUGUCUCAUUCCUAUGAUACUGCAUGUUGAAGAUUUUUUUUUUUAUUUGAAGCAGUUGUAUUGACCAUAAUGUCUUAAUCCUUAACUGUUUUGAGUUCUGUGUAGGCAAUUAAAAUGACUGCUUUCCCUCCCUCUCUCACACUCAUGCUCUCUUUCUCUCUCUCUUUCUCUACCGGAUACAUAAUCCCCUCUUUAAUGUCACCAUUUAAAUUUUUUUCCACUUUCACUUGUCAGCUUAAGACACUUUUGUAAAAAAAAAAAAAAAACAGAUGUCUUUCAAAUAAAAGUUAUUUUUUGUUGUACACACUAUCUUCUCUGUCUUACUGCCUGUGUGUCAAACUCAGCAAGCAAUGAGUGUAUUUAUGUGGUGCAUGUCUGGCAAACGUGGUGUAUGUUUGUGAAACGCACAUGCUUAUCUUGGUUUGGCUGCUAUAGCAGAGGUUGAAAGUGCCUCUGGUUUUAUGACUGGUUUUAGUAGUAUUAGGUCUU